UGUACUAGAAUCAGUCCAUAUUAAAGAGGAGAGUCCUGCACUACAAUCAGUCCAUAUUAAAAGGGUUAUUCUCAAUUAUAAACCCUUAAGCAGCUUACAAGGCUCUGUUUGCUUUGCUGACUGUGGGAAGAGUUUCAGUCAGUCAGGCUAUUUGAAAAUGCACCAACAAAUUCACACUGGACAGAAACAAUAUGACUGUGCUGACUGUGGGAAGAGUUUCAAUCAGUCAGGCACAUUGAAAAUACACCAGCGAAUCCACACAGGAGAGAAACAGUAUCACUGUGCUGACUGUGGGAAGAGUUUCAGUCAAUCAGUCAACUUGAAAAGACACCUGAGAAUCCACACUGGAGAGAAACCACAUCACUGUGCUGACUGUGGGAAGAGUUUCAGUCAGUCAGUCAACUUGAAAAGACACCUGAGAAUCCACACUGGAGAGAAACCACAUCACUGUGCUGACUGUGGGAAUAGUUUCAUACAGUCCCACAGUCUGAAACUUCACCAGCAAAUCCACAGUGGCGAUAAACCAUUUGUCUGUUCUGACUGUGGGAAGAGUUUCAAUCAGUCAAGCACAUUGAAAAUACAUCAGCGAAUCCACACAGGAGAGAAAUCAUAUGUAUGUGCUUACUGUGGGAAGAGUUUCAGUCAGUCAAUCAACUUGAAAAGACACCUGAGAAUCCACACUGGAGAGAAGCCACAUCACUGUGCUGACUGUGGGAAGAGUUUCGUACAGUCCCACAGUCUGAAACUUCACCAGCAAAUCCACAGUGGCGAUAAACCAUAUGUCUGUGCUGACUGUGGGAAGAGUUUCAGUCACUCAGGUUAUUUGAAAAAACACCAGCGAAUCCACACUGGAGAGAAACGAAUGUCUGUGCCGACUGUGGGAAGAGUUUCAGUCAGUUAUAAAACCUGAAAAUUCACAGGCUAAUCCACACUGGAGAGAAACCACAUCACUGUAAUGAUUGUGGGAAGAGUUUCAGGUGGAUAUACAGCUUGAAAAGGCACCAGCGAUUCCACACAGGAGUGAAUCCUUAUCACUGCAAUCACUGUGGGAAGUCUUUUAUGCUUUCAGUUCUCUUAAAAGACAGAAAUGCAAGUUGUGAAAGUUUAGGCAAACCGUGAGUCUAAAUCCACACUCUGAAAUUCCAGUCAUUUUAAACAGCAGCUUAAUCUAAAAACUGUGAGAACUCUGGUUAAUGUCUGCAGGUGAUACAGAUGUAUUGAUAUUAAACACAGUGCUCUAAAGACGUUACACAUUAAAGUAAAUUCUUAGUAUGCAAUAUGAUAAAUAUACAGACGUUUCAGGGUGUUGAGCGAUACGAGGUGAAGCCGAGUGCCUCCAUCCCCUGAGAAGUCUGUAUAUUCAAUGUAUGAGAGAAAUUUGUAUUUGUAAUUGAAUGUAUUUUGUAAAAUGACAUUUUAAAUCUUUAAUAUUGAGACUUGAGAUGCUUUGAUAUUAAUUGUGUUUAUCGCCAACCCUCUCCCAUAACAUUGAAGAUCUACUUCAAAGGACUGGAUAUUAGUAACAGAGCAUCAUAAAGAUUUAAAUUAGUUUUAGUUUUGAUUACCUGCCAGUCUCGUCUAAAUAAACAUGGCUGAUACUUAUCUGUUAAUUAAGAAGUCUGUCUGAAAGCCAGUCUACAAUUCUCUUCCUAUAAAGGGUUAAGAAGUGCGACACCUGGUGGAUACGAGGUGCCAUGAAAUUAAUUGUUACCAUGAAACUUGGAACGUUUAAGUGAAUAGAAAUUCCUGGUUUCCUUCUUCUAAAAGUAAUUGAAAAACAAACCUUUACGAGGGUGCGAUAUUAACUUGUUUAACAAUCUCAGGGUUUUAGAGUUACUGAAACUAUGAGAUUGAAACGUAACAAAUAAGCAAUAACAUACCUGAUUGAAAUGGGUUUUAGAAUUAUUUUAAUAACAAAUCUUGUGGUUGCAAGUUUAAGAGUUGUUUAAGUUUUCCUGAUAUAUUGAAAUGUUUAAUGUGUUUUAAUGGUCUAAAGUAAAAGUAAUUCUUAUAGUAUUUUGCUUUCAUUAUUGUAUAACGUGUUUAAUGUGCUUGUAAAGGUAAUUUAGUAUGGAAAAUGAAACUGACAUUUUUGUCCUUCUAUGCUCAAUAUCAUUAGCUAGCACAAAGUGAAGUUUUGUUCUAUAAAUAUUUCGAAUCCUGUUCUCUGUCUCUCUGUGGAGGAGGGUCACUACCUGUGUUAAUGACACACAUUGCUUAUGUAAAAGGAAGCAUCAUUCAGACUUUGUAAGCCAAUGAAAGGACUGAUUUCGGUCAGGGAUUAGUUUCCUGUUUUAUCCCGAAGUGACUAGAUCACCAAAGUAAACCUUUCUUUGGGUGCUAUAUUUGAAGAGAAACAUGCAUGAACUCGUUCUCUUGGAUUCUGACCCA